AUGGAUGAGCCCUGGUUAACGGUGGGAAACUUCAAUGAGAUUUCAAGUGUUACGGACAAAAAAGGAGGUAGUCCACCGGACCCUUCUAAGUGUGACAAAUUCAAAGCUCGGUUGGAGGACUGGAAUUUGGAUGAUUUGCCGAGCUCUGGUGCUUUCUCCACUUGGAAAGGACUUAAGUGGCCUCACCUCCCUCGUGUUUAUAAGAAGCUCGAUCGUGUAUUUGCUAAUGCAUCCUGGCGAAUAGAAUAUCAUCAGGUUGAUGUUAGCAAUCUGACGUCUGACUUUAACCCUUCUAGGGGUGUUCGUCAAGGGGACCCAUUGUCUCCUUAUUUUUUUGUGCUGGCAAUGGAGAAGUUAAGUCAUAUCAUUAACAUAGCAGUGGCAGGGAAACUUUGGCAUCCCAUUAAGUGGGGUGCUGCGAGACUCAAGUGGCAGCUGGAGAGGUGGAUUUUCUUACAAAUUGGUACUUGUUUAGCAUGGAAAGCCAAAUUGUGGGGUGUUCUGAAAAGGCUCCAGUUGGCUUGGAGUAAGGGCAUAAGGAAACUAAUCAUUGAAAGUGACACAAGCUCUCUUGUCGCAUUGCUUACUAGGCAUGGUGAGAAAGCUCAUGAGUCAUCUUUUGUGACUCGGAUUCGAGUAGUGAUCAAUCGUAACUGCUGCAUUGGAGACUUAGUUGAAAGUUUGUCUAUGCCAUUCAGUCAUUGGUUGAAUGAGGCAAUGAUCAACUUUGGGAUGUUGGCGUGGUCUUUUGCUCUUCUGCUAACUUCUUCCUUGACGUCUGCUGCUGUUGUGGAACACACUUUUAAUGUUGGUAACUUAACUGUGCAGCGCUUGUGUGAUCAACAUGUGAUCACUGCAGUUAAUGGAAGCCUGCCUGGACCAACUAUUAAUGUUCAAGAGGGUGACACUCUUGUCGUCCAUGUAUUGAACAACUCACCCUACAAUCUUACCGUUCAUUGGCAUGGAAUUUUUCAACUUUUAAGCGGAUGGUCAGACGGUCCUGAAUAUGUAACUCAAUGUCCAAUACCCUCUGGUGGGAAUUUUACCUAUAACUUUACCAUAACAGGACAAGAAGGUACCCUUUGGUGGCAUGCUCACUCAUCUUUUCUACGUGCAACCGUCCAUGGAGCCCUCAUUAUUCGCCCUCAAGAAGGAAACUCAUACCCAUUCCCUUCGGUCAACCAAGAAGUCCCCAUAUUGCUUGGGGAGUGGUGGAAUGCCAACGUUAUUGAUGUUGAGAAUAAUGCAACAGCAACUGGCGCUGCUCCAGCCCUGUCAGAUGCUUUCACAAUUAAUGGCUUUCCAGGCGAUACCUACAAUUGCUCUCAAAAUCAGACAUACCAACUCAAUGUGAAUCAAGGAGAAACCUACUUGUUGCGAAUAAUCAAUGCUGCACUCAAUGAGCAACACUUCUUCAAGAUAGCCAACCACACUUUCACAGUGGUAGCAAUCGAUGCCACAUAUACCCAAUCCUAUGAAACGGACGUUAUCGUGAUAGCACCAGGCCAAACCGUUGAUGCAAUCCUAAGCACAAACCAAACCGUGGGUUCAUAUUACAUGGCCUUCACACCAUACCAUUCAGCCCCAAACGUUGGAAUCAACAACUCAACCACUAGAGGAGUGUUAAUUUACAAUGGUACCUCAUCAGCAUCACCACCCAUAAUGCCAGACCUACCAGAUCAAUCUGACACACCAACAGCACACAAGUUCUACACAAACAUAACAGGAUUGGUUAGUGGUCCCCACUGGGUCCCUGUUCCUCGUAACGUGGAUGAAAACAUGUUCAUCACUUUUGGUAUUAACCUUGACCAAUGUAACCUUCCAGGCCCAAACAACACAUGUGGUGGCCCUAAUGGUAACAGACUUUCUGCCAGCAUGAACAAUGAGUCCUUUGUGUUACCCAGUGGGAGAGAGUUUUCUAUGUUGGAAGCAUUUUACAACAACGUUAGUGGGGUUUACACCAAAGACUUUCCAGAUCAGCCUCCGUUUGUGUUUGAUUAUACUAGUAAUAAUUUGAGUUUGUCAAUUGCAUUUGCACCCAAAUCAACCAAGGUGAAGACUUUGAAAUUCAAUUCAACGGUACAGAUUGUGCUUCAAAAUAAUGCUAUCCUUGCUGCGGAGAACCAUCCCAUGCACAUCCAUAGUUUCAAUUUCCAUGUUUUGGCUCAAGGGUUUGGGAAUUAUAACUCCACCAUUGAUGAACCAAAGUUUAAUUUUGAUAACCCUCAAAUGCGUAACACAAUUGCUGUGCCAGUGGGAGGAUGGGCUGUCGUCAGAUUCCGAGCAGAUAAUCCAGGUAUAUGGCUUGUGCAUUGUCAUUUAGACACUCAUUUGCCAUGGGGGCUAGCCAUGGCUUUUGAGGUUGAGAAUGGACCUACUCCUUCAUCCACACUGCCUUCGCCACCAGCUGAUAUGCCUAAGUGCUAA